GUUAUCCAAUCAGCGACGCUAGACUGGGAACCGUCCAAUCAGGCACGCAGCUGGAGCGGACAGGACGGCUUCCGGGAUGUGGCGGGGCCUUUGUCUCUCACUGCAGCCUGAGCUUCAGGUCUUACCUUCAUUGCUGUGUGUCCUCUGCUCCUAGAGUCCCGGCCUCUGUGACCCUGUGACCUGCAGGUAUUGGGAGACCCACAGCUAAGACACCGGUACCCCCUGAAAGCCCAGAAAUGGAAGACCUGAGGUCUGGAGUGUAUCCUCUCAAGGGAGCAAGUGGAUGCCCUGCGGCUGAGAGGAAUCUUCUGGUGUACUCUUAUUUUGAAAAGGAGACAUUGACAUUUAGGGAUGUGGCCAUAGAAUUCUCUCUGGAGGAGUGGGAAUGCCUGAACCCUGCUCAGCAGAAUUUAUAUAUGAAUGUGAUGUUAGAGAACUACAAAAACUUGGUCUUCUUGGGUAUUGCUGUCUCUAAGCAAGACCCAGUCACCUGUCUGGAGCAAGAAAAAGAGCCCUGGAAUAUGAAGAAACAUGAGAUGGUGGAUGAACCCCCAGCUAUGUGUUCUUAUUUUACCAAAGACCUUUGGCCAGAGCAAGACAUAAAAGAUUCUUUCCAACAAGUGAUACUGAGAAGAUACGGAAAAUGUGAACAUGAGAAUUUACAGUUAAGAAAAGGCUCCACAAGUGUAGAUGAGUAUAAGGUGUACAAAGAAGGUUAUAAUGAACUAAACCAGUGUUUGACAACUACCCAGAGCAAAAUAUUUCCAUGUGAUAAAUAUGUGAAAGUCUUUCAUAAACUUUUAAAUGCAAAUAGACAUAAGACAAGACAGACUGGAAAGAAACCUUUCAAAUGUAAAAAAUGUGGCAAAUCAUUUUGCAUGCUUUUACACCUAAGUCAACAUAAAAGAAUUCAUAUUAGAGAGAAUUCUUACCAAUGUGAGGAAUGUGGCAAAGCCUUUAAAUGGUUCUCAACCCUUACUAGACACAAGAGAAUUCAUACUGGAGAGAAACCCUUCAAAUGUGAAGAAUGUGGCAAAGCUUUUAAGCAGUCCUCAACCCUUACUACACAUAAAAUAAUUCAUACUGGAGAGAAACCAUACAAAUGUGAAGAAUGUGGCAAAGCCUUCAACCGGUCCUCACACCUUACUACACAUAAGAUAAUUCAUACUGGAGAGAAACCCUACAAAUGUGAAGAAUGUGGCAAAGCUUUUAACCAGUCUUCAACCCUUACUACACAUAAGUUCAUUCAUGCUGGAGAGAAACCCUACAAAUGUGAAGAAUGUGACAAAGCUUUUAACCGAUUCUCAUACCUUACUAAACAUAAGAUAAUUCAUACUGGAGAAAAAUCUUACAAAUGUGAAGAAUGUGGCAAAGGCUUUAAUUGGUCCUCAACCCUUACUAAACACAAAAGAAUUCAUACUGGAGAGAAACCUUACAAAUGUGAAGUGUGUGGCAAAGCCUUUAAUGAGUCCUCAAACCUUACUACACAUAAGAUGAUUCAUACUGGAGAGAAACCCUACAAAUGUGAAGAAUGUGGCAAAGCCUUUAACCGGUCCCCACAACUUACUGCACAUAAGAUAAUUCAUACUGGAGAGAAACCUUACAAAUGUGAAGAAUGUGGCAAAGCUUUUAGCCAAUCAUCAAUCCUUACUACACAUAAGAGAAUUCACACUGGAGAGAAACCCUACAAAUGUGAAGAAUGUGGCAAAGCUUUUAACCGAUCCUCAAAUCUUACUAAACAUAAGAUAAUUCAUACAGGAGAGAAAUCUUACAAAUGUGAAGAAUGUGGUAAAGCCUUUAACCAAUCCUCAACUCUUACUAAACAUAAGAAAAUUCAUACUAGAAAGAAACCCUACAACUGUGAAGAAUGUGGCAAUGCAUUUAACCAGUCCUCAAACCUUAUAAACAAAAUAAUUCAUACUGGAGAGAAACUCUACAAAUGUGAAGAAUGUGGGAAAGCCUUUAAGCAGUCCUCAACUCUUACUAAGCAUUAAAAAUUGGCCGGUGCAGUGGCUCAUGCCUGUAAUCCCAGCAUUUUGGGAGGCUGAGGCGGGCGGAUCACGAGGUCAAGAGAUCGAGACCAUCCUGGCCAACAUGGUGAAACCCUGUCUCUACUAAAAAUACAAAAAUUAUCUGGGUAUGGUGGCGCGUGUCUGUAUUCCCAUCUACUUGGGAGGCUGAGGCAGGAGAAUCACUUGAACCUGGGAGGCGGAGGUUGCAGUGAGCCAAGAUUGCAUCACUACACUCCAGUUUGACAACAGAGUAAGACUUCGUCUCAAAAAAAAUUUACUGUACAGAAACCCCACAAGUGUGAAAAACAUGGCAAAGCCUUUAAGAAGCCCUCAAUUCUUAACAGACAUAAGAUAAUUAUACUGGAGAGAAACUCUACAAAUCAGAAAGAUGUGACUACUUUUGACAAUGCUUCAAACUUUUCUAACCAUAAAAAAAAUUAUACUGGUGAGAAAUCCUAGAAUUCUGAAGAGUGAGACAAAGCCUUUAAAUGGUUGUCACACUUGAUUGUAGGUAAGAUAAUUCAUACUGGAGAAAAUGCCUACAUGUGUGAACAAUGUGGCAAAACUUUUAACCAAUGCUCACACUUUAUUGCCAGGAAAACAUUUAUACUUGAGAUAAAUUAUACAAAUAUAAAGACUAUGAAAAAACCAUUAAUAGCUGCUCACAUUUUGCUCAACACCAGAGAGUUCAUACUUAAUAGAAGCAUUAUAAGUGCAAUUACUGUCAAAAGAUCUUUCAGAAAAUAUAAGCUUUUAUAGUGAAGAGUAUUUAUUUUGAAGUUGAACAUUACAAAUAUAAAGAGGAUUGUAGUGCCUUUACUUGUAUCACAGAUCUUAUUGUAGACAUUUUCUUCUAGAGGAAAACUCUGAAGCAGUUGAUCAAACUUUGUUCAACAUCAGGGAAUUUAUAUUGAAAAAUUGUGCAAGUAUAAUAAAUUUGGAAAAACAAUUUUUCAAAAACUUCAGCUUAGAAAUCAACAGAAUUAUACUAGAAUGUAUUUUUCCAGAUGCAAUAAAAGUAAAAUAUUUAAUCCAUAAUUAAGUCUAUGGAAAUAUCAGAGAAUUUGUGGUAGAAAUAUAUAAGGUACUGACACUUCAGAUAUACUAAAUCAGAGUGCUGAGUAUAGAAAAUCUAAAACUAAAGUUGGUAGAAAAAGUAUUUGUAUAGAACUUUUAAGAGGAUCAGAAGGUUUUUUGCAGAGUUAUAACUACAUUCAAAGUAUACUUUUAUUUCUUGAAAAAUAUUACAGAGUUUUUGAAAAGUGAAUAAUGUCAUCAUUCAACUCUGAAAUUAUUUCCUACUGUGUCUUCAUUCCUGUUGGAUUACAUGUGAAAGCAUGGGAUUAACUGUUACUGCAUCAAAGAUAAGAGAGAUUCUUUUGUCUGUUUGUUUGUUUUUUGAGACUGAGUUUCACUCUUUCACCCAGGCUAGAGUGCAUUGGCAUGAUCUCGGCUCACUACAACCUCUGCCUUCUGGUUUCAGGCGAC